AUGAGUUCGAUUACCUCAAUCAAUAGAGUUUCAUUAUGGAGCAUCCAAAUUCACAGCAACGCUUCAACUAAACUGGAACCGUCGCGAAACGACGUCAAAGCCGGUUUUGUAUGCUGCGACGGACUUGGUAUCUCUACAAACACUAUCUUUGAAGACUUGAAAAUCAUAUAUCCAAGUUUGCAUUAUUGUCCCGAUGAGUUCAAGUUAGCUUUGUGGCAAGAACGCGAUGACGGAUCUGCGGAAUUUACGAGCGCCGCCGAUGGUAACAAAGAAUUCAGGAUGGCGACAGAUAGCCCGAAGCUUAUUCUGGGCCUUAUUUUUCACAAUAAAAGCCAUCCCCUAUGCACCGUGCUGACUGAUAGUGCCACCAUCACUCAUCAUAUUAAUGCGGGGUGCGCUGUGGUACCAAAUCUCAACUUUGAUCCCCAGGAGAAUGGGCACCUACCAGAUACCCAAAAUUAUUUCAUCCCAAGUGCUCGUUCAUCGAGGCCCUCUACACCGUCGCAGAAACGUAAAUUCGCAGAAGACUCUACCUCCGGCCAAUCAACGCCAGCCUCUCUAGAAUCGCCACGGAAACAAGACCAAGACUCCCGAAUGUUUAUCGAGAGUCUUGGUGUCGACACGAGAUCUUUCGAGAAAAGUGUCAAAGGAAGCUAUAGCAAAUGUGUGAUUACUAACACAGAUAGCAAAUGGGGUACACUCAUAUGCGGUCCUGGGUAUGUCGCUGUCCAUAUCGUACCGCAAAAAUUUUGGUUUUCCUACCCGGAUUGGCGCCCUAGCCCCGAUUACGAGAACUAUCCUUUCAAAGUGACCCCUUCAUACAACACCCAUGAAAAUGGUUUGCGGCAAAGAAUGCAGUCGACUUGGGAACCAGCCAACGGUUUACUCCUAAGAGCCGACAUUCAUGAUAUGUUCGACCGGCGAAUGAUUGCAAUCCACCCUAUCACCUUCCAAAUCCGAUUAUUCGCACCGAUGUCUGUUGCUAUGGAGUAUCAUGGGAAAGUAAUUGAAUGGGAGACAAUUCCAGACAGAGCAGCGUUGGCCUAUCAUUACAGUCAAUGCGUGAUCGAGAAUGUGGCUGCAGGGUUGGUUUCUGCCUCGAAAUUUGUGGUUCCAGAAAAUUGGAAGCAGGCAAUCAAUAUGAUCUCGCAGUUAGCUUUAAAUCGAAGGUUGCAAGAGUUGAGAGACCAAGUUGGGGACGGUUCUGCGGAUGAUGCCACUUACUAUCUAGAGGAUGGGCUGACCAAGGGGCGGGAGGAAGAAAUUGAGUCAUGGCUCGAACGGUAUAAUAAUACUUGA